AUGUGGCGGCGCUGGGAAGCGGGAUGGGACGAGAAGAGGGAGCUGCAGGAGCUCAACUCCCGCCUGCGGGUCUUCGUGACCCGCGUACGGGAGCUGGAGGAGGAGAACCGCUUUCUGGCGCGGGAGCUGGCGGAGCUGCGGGAGCAGGAGCUGGUCGGGCUCCAGGUGCCCGAGCAGGAGCUGGCCUGGCUGCGGAUGCAGCUGGAGGAGCUGAGCCGGGCGAAGCUGGAAGCGGAGCUGGAGCGGGACGGGCUGCGGCGGGAGCUGGAGGAGCUGCGGGCGCUGGGCGCGGAGGUGCUGGGGAUGCGGCGGCGCCUGGAGCCCGAGCUGGCCGGGCAGCGGGCGCUGCUGGAGCGGCUGCGGGGCGAGUGCGUGGCCCUGGAGGAGCUGCUGCUGGAGCUGCAGGCCGAGCACGGGCACAUGGCCGAGCGGCAGCGGCGGGAGGCGGUGGAGAUGCGGGAGCUGCGGCUGAACCUGGCCGCCCUGCCGCCCCCCUUGGCCGGGCUCAGCCUGGAGGAGCUGGAGGAGACCUACGAGCUGCUGCUCAGCCAGAGCUGCCGGGAGACCCUGCUGCGCUACCAGGAGCAGAUCCAGGUGCUGCAGGAGCAGGAGGCGCAGCGCAACCGUGAGAACCUGGAGCUGCUGCGGGAGGAGAGCCGGCAGUGCCGGCAGCACCUGGAGGAUCUGCACCGCCAGGGCCAGGAGCUGUGCGCGCUGCGGGAGCGGCUGGAGCAGGAGAUGCUGGCCCUGCAGGACCGCCACGGCGCCGAGCUGGAGGAGUACCAGAGAAUAAUUGAUGCCCUGGAAGAAGAAAAGCAGUUCCUGACCAUGUCAAUCACAGAUUACCUGAGGGACUACCAAGAGCUCCUGCAGGUGAAAGCAGGCCUCAUCCUUGAAAUUGAAACCUACAGAGCUUUGUUAGAAGGGGAGAGCAAGCCGUGGAUUAUAUGGAGAGAAGAGUAUGCAGGGAAAUUGCCUCAAGAUAUUAUAAACACUUCAUAUAACUACACUGAUAUUUACUCUACUUAUCAAGAAAGAAAUAGAAGUAAAGCUUCACCAGCUGCCAGGAUCACUGACAGAAGGCACAGAAUGCCAGUGACAAAUCUGAGCAGUUCUGCACAUUACUCAGCUUACUCCACGCAGGCUGGAUCACACACAACAACUGGGGGAGGAACUUUUGGAAGGGACCUGCUUGGUUCAACGUAUCGCCCUUCAACGACUGUCACAAAGGAUGAAAGGAUUGUAACAGACCACAAAGAGCUAAGAACAUUUACUCCAGACUACAGUAGCUGGAGAAGCACUGAAAUGCAGCAAAAGAGGAUUCCAGAAAGAAAGAAAACAGAAGUUACAACUUCAUCCACAGUAUCUUUUUCAAAAGAAUCAACUGAAAGAUCAGACAAGGACCACAAGCCUGAUGCUGAAAAUACAAGAACUAAACCAGGCUUCACUAAAUUUCCAGCUUAUGAGCUGAUUACCAAUGCAAAACCAUCUAAAUAUGAAGAAACUAUAAUUGAAACUCGGACCACACUGAAAGACAAAAGAGGAGGCAGCAAGCCAACUGAUGAGAAGACAUCUCUGCUGAAAGAAAAAGAUAAGCUGGAGAAACAAACAAAAGAUGAGAAAAUGAAAACAGAUGAGAAAUCUUUUAUAGAAGAAGGGAGGAAGACUGAGCAGAAAAAAUAUAUCCGUGAGAAAGUUAGCCAGAAGGUAACAGGGAGUGACAUUUCUACUGCAAGAACUUUGAAAAGUGAAUCAACCAAAAAAGAUGCAAGUGUGAUCUCAGAAUCAAGAGGCAAAGAUGUCAUUGAGGUACCAAUCAGUAUUGAAAGGCCUGCUCCUGACAAAGGACCUCAGAGAGAUAAAGAAAUAAGGGUACAAGGUGUUAAAACUUCCAUAGGAAGAGAAACAGAUGACCAUGUAACUGAGUCUGCUGAAACUCGCCAAGUGAGGAUUUCAGAAGCAGAGUCCAGUCUGGAAGGUCAAGAGCAAAUUAGGGAUGGAAGCCAUAAAAUGGGAACUCUGCCAACUGAAAACAUAGCAGAGAAUAUUGUUGCUGACAUUCUUAAAAGUUUCACACAGUCUUCUAGUUCACAGAUGUCAACAGACACCAAAGUGACCUAUUUUGAUAAGAAAGAACAGGAAGAUGAAGGGAAAAUAAAGACUGAGUUCACAGUGCAGUCUCAAGUUCAAGAAGACAUAGAUAUUUCUGAUGAAGGUGACUUGGGGCAUCUAUCAAACCAGGAUGUUAGAAAAGUGAUUCGAGAGGGCGUUGAGGCAACUCCUUCCAAAGAGGAGAUAGAAGAUAUUGUCCAUCACGGCCUGAAAGCAAGCGAGAGCGGGAAGAACGUGUCUGUGAAUGUGGAGAUUGUAGAGGAGCCACUGGAUUACACCACCGAUGAUUUUUCAACGCCUUUCCAGGUAGAAGAAGUGGAGGAUUCAUUCCCUGAGAGGGAGAGGCGUUAUGGUGAAGAGGAACAAAACGUCACCUUCACGUAUGAAGAUGUCAAAAAGAAGAAACCGCGCCACGAGAGCUUCACUCGCGUGGAAGAAGUAACUGAGGAAGAUGACUCACCUAUUGAACAGAAAUAUUUUGUAUCUGUUCCUGAUGAUCAUCCUGUUAUUAAUGAAAAAGAUGAUGACUCAGUAUAUGGGCAAAUUCAUAUUGAAGAAGAAUCGACUAUUAAAUAUUCUUGGCAAGAUGAGUUUUUGCAAGGCACACAAAGUAAGAGAGAGGAAGGUGUGAGCUCUCCAGAAGAAACCUAUAAAGUGGUGGGGGAGGAAGCGAGUGCCCAUAUUUUAAAGGAGCAUCCUGAAGGUGAAAGAUCCCAUGUUGAAUCCAUUGUUAUUGAAAAAGAGAUUAAAAUUCCCCAUGAAUUUCAGACUUCAAUAAAAGGACUUUUAUCCAAGGAAACGAAGGACCCUAAACAUCAACUGAAGGAAGCUUUGGAGCAGUUGGAGGGCAGUCUCCCAGAAAGUGUGAAAGAGGAGCUCUCUGCAUUAACAAAAGACAGCAAAGUGGACGCUAGUAACUUGGCAUUUGAUAUCAAAAAAGUUGAUCAGAAGGAGGAGGGGGGCUCAGUGACAAUUGUUGCUGAAGUCAAUCUGUCCCAGACCCUUAACACUGAUGAAUUUGACGUAGAUCAGCUUGGUGAAGUAAUCACGAGCGAGAAGGAGAAGGCAACAAUACACUCCCUGAAGACAGAGAGCUCAGAUAGGAGCAAUGUAGAAGUAGAUGUUUCUUCCCACAGUGACAAAUACACCCCUUUUGCUGACCAAGAGAUCUACAGCUCAUCCACGACGAGGUGGAGCGGUGGCACUGCCCAUCACACCACCGAAAGGGUCGUUUAUGACGGUUCGGUUUCGGAAACUGCGGGUUAUGGGGAGGCCUCUCACUCAUCACAGUCAGCUGAGGAGACCAAAACCCAGAGGCGUGUCAGGGUUGGCCCAGCAGGAGUCCAGAGGUUCGAGCAGGUCCUGUAUGAGGGGCCUGGUUCUGAAACGCUGGAGCUCAGUGCUGCAGAAGAUGUUGUUCAGAGAGAUGGACCGUCAGAAUUCAGCCAGUCUGUGAGGCACUUCAAACUGGGCCCCAAGGAAAUCCAAACCACAGAACAAGUCCUUUACACAGGCCCUAUUACUACAAUUGUAGAAGAGAUGGAUUCUGGAAAUCUUUCUCAGAAGGUUUCCACAGACUUCAGCAGGGCCACAAGACGCGUCACAGUAGGAUCAAGGCAAGUGACUGAAGAAGUCUCUUUUGAGGGGUCGGGUUCAGACUCUCUGGCUCUCAAUAGCUCAGAUGGCUUUUCCCAGGCUGAAGGGGCUGUGGAUGUCAGCAGAUCCAUGAGACACUUCAGGCUGGGCCCAAAAGAGGUCCAUACUGAGCAUGUUGUCUUUGAAGGACCCAUCUCUGGUAAAGUGGAGGUCAGCAGCACGAGGGACUUCUCACAGGCAGAAAGUUCAGUCAGACAAAUCCAGCUGGGUCCCCAGGGCUUUAUGACAGCUGAAGAGAUCAUCUACCAGGGGCCUGUCUCCCAGCACACAGGAAUCACUGAACUGGAAGACCAGACCCUUUCAGGAGGCUCAAGAGCUUUCAGGCACGUUAAAAUAAGUCCUGCAGGAACUCAUGCUGAGGAAAUCAUCUUCUCAGGACCCAUUGCUGGAGUGGUGGAAGAUCUUUCACAAAUAGCAGAGUCAUCUGAGAGCAGCAGCUCUGUGAAGCAUAUUAAAGUAGGCUCGAGGGAAACAGCUUAUACUUUCCAAAUGGAUGUUUCCAAUCUGGGUGGCAUAUCUGCAGUGAAGAGUGGAGAACAGCAAGACCCUUCUGCUGGUCAGCCACAGGUCAUCGUUGAAAGCAAUGCAGGAAAUGAAAGCACGAGAAGUGGCUACGUUCUCUCCAGUUUUUCCCAACAUCAGGAUGGGUCAUUUCUUGAUCAAACUGUGCAGUUGAAAAGAACGGUCGACCAAAGGUCAGAUGCUUCUGAAGAGAAGAAAGUCGCUUUUGUCUACCUGGACCAUGAGGAGGAAGAUGAUGAGGAUAAUGAAAAUGAUGGACAGUGGUUCUGAAAGGACUGUGUGAUGAAGCCUAAGUAGCAAUUUGUUUAUACGUAUUUUUUAUUAUCCUUUUUUUUUAAAGAGAAAAAAAGGGAUGGGGAAACAUUCAAACUAUUUAGAUUAUUCAUGGUGGACUGAGAAGUAUUGAAUUUAAGCCUCUAUCCAGCACAUUUUAUUUUCUUGGAAAUUUUAUUUUUGGGAGAGAUCUUGCUAUUAAUAUUUUUUCCUCAGAGUUCUGUGUCUAAUAUUUUCAGAUUUUUCCACCUAUAGAAACAGGAAUUUGCUACUGGGGAAUUCAAAGGAUUCUGUUUUUUUUGUUUGUUUUAUAGCACAUCAAAUAUUAAGUGUGUGCUUGAAUAGGACUUUUCAAAUAUUUUUUUUUCCUUAAUACUGUAUUGUACUUGGUUACUACAAUAUUACUAUGCAAUUCUAUUUAAACCUCAAGCUACUAACCACAAAUUUAACAGAAUAUAAGAAUAAUGAGUGGUAGUAGCUGAUUUUUCAGUUCCAUUUCUGUGUACUUAUAUGCAAUACCUAAUGAAUACAUUAUAAGAGACAGUUAUUACAGCUAUAAAAUUAAAUAUGAUCAUUUAGGAUCAAACUAAGCAUAGCAAGAAUUUACAAAAGUGACAUUAUUUAUAUAGCUUGAAUGCAGUGCAAAAAAGAAAAAGAUAACACUGAGAUAAGAAUUUCUUACAGUAUUCCAGGUAAGAAAUAGUGAAUUUUAUGGUUGGAUAGUAAUAUAUUUAAUAUCUCUAAAAAGAAAACAAAUUUAAAAACUAGACUGGAUAGUGUUCCCACUGAGGUAAGGAGAACUCCUUACAGAUUCAGUGGCUGUGUACAUUAGUAACCUCAACUUAUUUUGCAGUUUAUGGGUUACCUGAUACUAGGUAUUGCUAAAGGUAAAUGUGAAGUGUCAAACAUAGUGCCUAAUUUCCUAAAACAGUGAAAUUAGCUGAUAUCUAUCCUGUUAGAAGGAAACUUUUACAAUGACAUUGAUGACACUUAUGAUCAUUGUGUGUCAGCUCAUUCCCAGACAAUCCUUUUGUUUACAAACACAGUUUCCUUUUCAAUCACUCCCCCUGCAAACCCAACCUGAGAUUUGAAUUUAUGUUUUUCUUCCUUUUUUUUUUUCUCUGAAUGUAACACGUGCCUCAGGCCAAAGUUGCCUUCUACUUAAAUCGUUUCUAAAUAAGCUAAUUUCACUUGGAUUGCACAUUGGUUGAAUGAAGGACAUAAUUUCACUUUAUAAUUCAGUGACUUUAUAAGUUCAGCUUGGAAGCCAGCACAGCACCACUGGCUGGCCUGAGCUGGGCAGUGCUGGCAGGAACAGAAAUAGCAGCCAAAAUAUUGUCAGUGGGAUAAGAA